AUGUUCCUAUCAGAUAUGAAUCAUUGAAUUAUGAUGUGGAAGUAAUUCCAUAGUUUUAUUUGUUACUGCUUCACAAAAUUAAAGGUAAAUCAUAAUUGACGUUUGUACAACUGAAGGGAUUUUCUCGAUUAGACAAUUUUUAAAUAUUGAAACGAACAGCUAAGACUUUCUUCUUACAAUGCAGACUAAUCGAGAUGUAUCGAUCAAUGAUUAUACAGAGAUAGUUCAACGUCUUCCUGUUACUUUGAGAUUAGCCUAUGGAGUAGGACAUGUUUUAAAUGAUAUUUGUGCUUCCAUGUGGUUUACAUAUUUAUUAGUGUAUUUUCAUUUUGUAUUGGGAUUUAGUGCGACUCUUGCAGGAGUAUUAUUACUUAUUGGUCAAAUAGCAGAUGCAGUUGCUACUCCAUUUGUCGGCUUACAUUCUGAUAAAAAUGAUGAUUUUUGGCUUUGUAAAUAUGGCAGAAGAAAGACAUGGCACUUGCUAGGUACUAUUUGUGUAUUUUUUACAUUCCCCUUUAUAUUUUCGCCAUGCAUUAAUUGCGAGAAUGCACAUCAGUGGGCACAAUUAAUAUAUUACGCUGCUUUUAUUAUAAUAUUUCAAUUUGGUUGGGCAGCAGUUCAAAUUUCACAUUUGUCAUUGGUUGCUGAACUAACACCAACCGAACACGAAAGAACAGAACUUAUAGCCAUUAGAUACAGUUUUACAGUAUCCUCAAAUAUUCUUGUUUAUUGUACUACAUGGGCAUUAUUGCAUAUAGCAAAUAAUGAUGCUCCUGAUACUCAAAUUGGACCUAAUGAUGCUCACAAAUUUCAGACAAUUGUAUUCUGUGUAACAGGAAUUGGAAUUUUUACUUCUCUUAUAUUUCAUAUUUUUGUUAAAGAGGGAAAUAUUAAUAACUCGGAUGGUUCGUUACGUCGUAACACAAGAUCUAUAUCAGUAUUAUUAAAAAAUAUACAGUUAUAUCAAGCAGCAUGUAUUUAUAUGCCAACACGAUUAUUUGUAAAUUUAUCACAGAUUUAUAUACCUUUAUAUUUACAUGAGUUUUUAAAUAUGCCAGCUACAUUAUUAGCUAUUAUACCAUUGACUAUGUUUCUUACUAGUUUUUUAACAUCCUUGGUCAUAGAAAGGUUAAAUACAAAAUUAGGUAGAAAAAUUUCAUAUUGUAUCGGUGUAUUAUUUGGUCUUUCUGCUUGCAUAUGGAUACGAUUUGGAAGAGGCUAUACAUUUGAACAUUAUCAAAUUUAUCCAGUAUCUAUGUUGCUUGGUUCCUCUGGAUCAAUUUUAUUAGUGACCAGUUUAGGCAUUAGUGCUGACUUUAUAGGUCAAAACACAGAGAGUGGAGCAUUUGUAUAUGGAUUUAUGAGUUUUACUGAUAAACUUGGCAAUGGAUUAGCAGUAAUGAUUAUACAAUAUUUACGUAAAUUUAUAGUUUCUACCGAUUAUUAUAGAAAUAUACUUUCGUACGUUUGCGGUUGUUCUGCUAUCUGUGGUCUUUUAAUGAUAUUGUAUAUAAAACCAUUUCCAUCUUAUACUGCUUACGAUAUCAUAAACUCGGAUGGAGGUACAGAAAAUAUUGAUUCAUCCUCAUCAGUUGUUACAACUACUAAUGAUAGGAUUGAUAUAUUUUCGUCAAGACAAGAACAUGUUACUUAAUUGUUGAUGAUACAAAUGUAUAUAAUAGCAUAUUAUAUUGUUUAUGCGUUAUUGCAAUGUAUAGAAAAAAAAUUAUUAUUAAUAUUUUAAUAAGGUUUUUAAUAAGAGAUAUAUAUUCUCAUCACAAUAUGGAAUAAAGAUCUGUACUAAAGGACUAAUAAAAAUAAGUCACGGAACGUCA